GUGCUGUGCGCCGUGUCGUGGUCGAUGAGAUGAUCAGAGUGGCAGCGACCUCCCUCAGACAGCUUUGCUCUUCCUCGCCUCCUCCAGCCACCCAAGCGCUCGCCGCGGUACCCUCGCAGCUGACCGCCUCUCAGUCUUCUGGCCCUCGAGAGAUCCGGAUGCCCUGCGGACAGCCGCUGCGUGCGCGCCGCUCCGGGGCUGCGGUCAGAGUUCAACGGAGAGGCCCUUGGCAGGCAAGCCCGCCGACGGCAAUGGAGGCUGGCGCACAUGACGGGGUGGACAAGAAUACACCGCUGGAGGCUGUGUGAGCG